AUGGUGGUGCAGAAGAUUUCUUCUGAAUCGCAAAGAGAAAGGGGGAAUUCCAUUGAUAAAAGAUGUCCUAAAACAGAAAGAAGAUCUUCUUCUUCUGAUGGACGUCUCCGGAAAAGAACCCUUCACUCAUGCGUCAAACCGGAUCCACUGGAAGAGGCCAAACUCCUGGCGGAUAACGCCGUUAAGGAGAAAAAGAUUUUCACCAUCCAGGGCCCGUACCCAGUGAUCCGCAGAUGUCUUCGGGAGCGAGGUUGGGUUGAGCGAGAGUUCCCCAGCCUCACUAAGCCUCCUAAGAAAGACAUAGACAAGGAAAAAGGUGUCGGAAGUGGGAACAGCGACGGAGGUGAUCCAAAGGAUCUCGCGUCAUGGCUUGUCCGCGAUGAAGAUCCAUAUUUUUGGUGGACAGCCAAAAGCGACCCCGUCAACUGUUAUUCCCUGCGAAAGGAUCAGAUGAGGAACCAUUACGCCCGUUCCACGGCCUUCACAACCAAGAUUGGCUUAUGUGUGAAUUUGAGAAAUCUGCGUUGGUUUGAUGACGCUGAUCCAGACGCCUUUUACCCGCGUUGCUACAGCCUCGGAGAUGUCAACGAGAAGCGAGCAUUUAUGGAGGACUUUUGGCUAACGGCUGCCAGGAGUAUCCUGAAGCUGGUAUCAGAAAGGCAACACAGAAGCGCCAUCUGUCUGACCGGAAACCGCGUCCCAGCUCAGGUUAUUGUGACUGCCCUGCAAGCCUGUGAAUCGUAUCUCGGCACAUUGGAUCAUCGGGAUGUCGAUACCAAGAUUCCCACCGUCACCGACGCAGCACGGAACGAGUUUCUACGCAGCUACUAUCAAAUCAUCCAUGAUGGUGCUGCGAUUGAAGACUCGGAUCUGUUUGCGAAUCGGUGCAUCGAUGUGCUGAAGAAGUUAAGAUCGGUGAAUCCACAGCUUGAUAUCGAUGGCGUCAGAAACAUCUGGAUUGUAAAACCAGGAGCUAAAUCCCGUGGCAGAGGUAUAGCCUGCAUGGAUCGCUUGGAAGAAAUUCUAACGCUGAAUCCAGGGACAGUCAAACAGGAGAGAUGGGUCAUCCAGAAGUAUAUUGAGCGACCGCUGCUGAUUUACGGCACAAAGUUCGAUGUGCGCCAGUGGUUUCUGGUGACCGACUGGAACCCUUUGACAAUCUGGUUUUACAACAAAUGCUACAUUCGCUUCUCAUCCCAGACCUUCUCCUUGCAAAACCUAGACAGCUCCAUACAUCUCUGUAACAACUCCAUACAAAAGUAUUACGAGAACUCGUGGAGCCGCCAUCCUCUGGUGCCUUCUAGCAACAUGUGGUCCUGCGAUGAGUUUCAGAAAUAUCUGAAAAAGAUGGGGGCAGGACGCGCCUACAAGGAGGUGAUUGUGCCAGGAAUGAAAUCUGCCAUAAUCCACGCCAUUCAGAGUUCCCAAGAACUGGUGGAGCCCAAUAAGAGCAGCUUUGAAUUGUACGGAGCAGAUUUCAUGUUUGGGGAGAACUUCCAACCCUGGUUGAUUGAAAUCAACUCCAGUCCAACCAUGGAACCAUCGACAGCAGUGACCACCGAGCUUUGUGCUGCGGUGCAGGAGGACACCCUGAAGGUGGUGUUAGAUUGGAGACGCGACUCAACCGCGGACGUGGGGUUAUUCGAGCUCAUCUACAAACAGGCUCCUGUAGAUGUUCCUCAAUAUCAAGGAAUAAACCUGCUGGUGGAAGGAUCUGCUUUUAAGCAGCCACAUCCCCCUCCAGAGAGACCUUCCCGCGGUUCUGUUAAAACGAGGAUCCCUCGUAGGAGAAGAAAGAGGUCUUCCUCCAUGGUGCAGGACAAGGUCUCAAUAGCUUUUUCUCAGGCCUGGGAAGAGGCUAGUAUUGAGUCGCCGUCUAUUGAAUCAUUAGUGCCAAAAACAACGGUACUUGGGGGAGACAAAAAAAUAUUAACUCCGACACCACCUAAAACACCUAAGACUGAACGCAAAAAUCGGACAGGACAGGUACAUGGAGGUAGAUUUCAUAAGAUCCGAGAAUCUCCUUCCCAUGAUCCUUCACCGGUUGCCCUGAAACCGUGCGCGUCCGAGAAGCCGCCAGCCCUGCGUCAUUCUACGAGGCUGGGAGACAGAAGAUGCAUAGAUGAGGCGAUCACCAGCCUUAACAUCAAAGCCUUACCAAUCCUCAGCAAAGGAACGGCAACAGGUCCCAUCAACCAACAAAAGUUGCCCGGUGUCUUCUGUAGGGUUCCACAUCCCCCGAAGAUACCCCGUGCGACAUGUCAGAAAAGUGUGAGGCUACCGGCUAUAUCCAGCCCUAUGAAGAGCCAUGGGCGAUCAACAUCACGGAAUCCAGUGAUCCCAUCAGCCCUCUUUCUGUAA